AUGACAUCGACUAGCAUAGUAGCACUGCUUCUCGUAUUGACAGCAACGACAUUGGCACAAAGCACAGUCUUCGUCACGCCAGUACCCGUCUCUGAAACAUCAGAUGGACCGACAUCAACCCUCGACUCCAGCUCCGCAACCUCUUCAUCAUGCACGAUCUGCGCAGACUACGUCAACGAUUGCGGAAUAGAAUACGGAGGCUGUUUCGAAGCAUGUUCUGGCGAACCCUGGCCUUCUUUCACUCCACCACCAUGUCCUACGAACAGCACCACCACACCCAGCAGCAUUGGCUAUCCAGACACAUCAACGGUAACCACUUCAAAUACAGCCAGCACGAUUACCUCCGCUCCCGUCUACCUCUCCCCAUACGGCAGUAACUCGACCUGCGACAAAGUCAUCUGCGUCGACUACAUCAACACCUGCGACAUCAAAUACGGAGGCUGUUUCCCAGCUCUUCUUGUAGACAUUACCCACCUUCCAUCUGUCGUGACUACCUUCCACCUUCCACCUUCCACCUUCUACCUUCUACCUUCUACCUUCUACCUUCCACCUUCCACCUUCUACCUUCUAUCCCAUUCUUAG